AUGUAUAUGGAAUGCUACACCAUACUCACUCUAGGAGCAGUCAUCCGGGUGUCAGUCAAUCAGUCCAGUACUCACUCAGUCACUCAUUUCAACAGUUCAGUCGGAUUUCAACUUAAAGAACGGGUUCGACGGCAGCAGGAACCGCAAUUCAACGAUUCAAAAGCACAAAUGACAAGACUGAGACCACCUGAUCACGACAUGGCAAAUGAAGAACGACGUGAACAGUACGAAAAUGGAAGAGGAUAA